AUGCGGGCGUGGCUACUGAUUGCUUCGGUCUAUUGGGUUUUGAACGCCGCCGAGUCGUCGGACGGCAACUCGGAGUACAAAGUGGACAGCGGAAAUGUGUGCAUCACCCCAGGCUGCGUUCGAGCGGCUGCAAUCGUGCUCGAGAACAUGGACAAGGCCGUCGACCCGUGCUUCGACUUCCACGAGUACGCUUGUGGUCGUUACAAUCAGAGAGAGCCGCUCGACUGGACUUUUACCGCUUUCUAUGCACUUCAACGGCGGAUUAUAGGCUACCUUGAGGAUGAAGAUGCCGACAAACUGGGGCUCAAUUCGCUGAAGAAGGCCCAAAAAAUGUUCAAGGCUUGCAAGCAGUUCAGGGAAAUGCCGGAUACUAGCCACCUAUUCCGCGAGUAUGCCAUCGACAAAUUCGGAUGGCUGCCAUUAGUGCAACGGGGCAGACAAGAAAAUACCGAUCUGAUGGCAAUCCUAACGUCAUUCACCACCGCCGAGUGGAUGCCACUCAUUCAAAGGGUCUUUGAACGUGAUGGGGUUGUGGUGGUGGCUAUUGAGGGCCAUCAGAAAAAAAUUGGGGAAAAGAAGGAAGCUAUUGAGGAGCUGUACAAAGAAAGAUUCAACAUCAGCACCAAACUAUUGGGGAUUCCGAUAAAUACUCUGGACGUCGUGGUGCAGCGGCAAUUCGCUGAAUUGGUCGAGUUUCAAUUGAAGAUCAAUGAGAUAGUCGCCGGGGCGCAAGAAGUCAGCGGUGACAGCAAUAUGACAUUUCGACAAUUUCGAGAAGCCGCGUCACCGUUGGACAUUCGACGGUUCAUCGGGCCUCGGAUGCGCCAGAAGGAUUUGGCAUCGCUACGCGACGAUACGCCUCUCAAGAUCACGAGCAAACACCAGCGCGUAUUGAAAGGAAUGGCCCAGCUCUUUUCGAAAACCAAGGAGGAGUUGCUGCGAAACUUUUUCUUGCUCGCCUGGGCCGAGAAGAUGGAAUUUGCAUCGCGUGCUCUUGAGGACGUGGAUUGCUAUAAAUGGACCCAAGAAUCCUAUCUACAAGUGAUCGACCACGUCGUCGCCGCCCGCCUCCGCGAUCCAGACGAUCUGCAGCGGGCAAUGGAAAUGGUGCCACCCCUCCAGAAUGCCUACGUCGAGGUCAUCAACGAGAACGAGUGGCUGUCACCGAUGACCACCGCCGCUUUCAACUUUGGGCCCGACCCGUUGGUUCUUAGCCCGAACCUCGUUGAUGAGUUGUAUGAUCGGGACCACGGCGCCAACUUCACCUCGUUCAUCGACACCUUAUUCAACGGCAGAUUUUUAUGGCACUUGGGGGAUCUCAGGAAAGAGCAGGACCAGCCGUCGGCAAUUCACCAACACCAUGAAAUUGCCAUUGUCUCCUUCUUCUUCGCAUCUCCAUUCUUUUCCCAUGAUUGGCCGCUGGAAGCGCGACUUGGCGGCCUCGGCGCGAUCAUUGCCCAUGAAAUGUCGCAUACACUCGAUUUGCCAAGCAAAUUCCCAAAAGACGCCCCCGAAGAGGACCGGGCCGAGAUGAUGGAACGUCAGAAGUGCCUCAUCGAACUGUUCGACAAGAUGGAGUACCCGAAUCCAUGGCUGAAUUUUACGAUCCGGUUGACUGGCGAGGUGGCGCUGCACGAGUCGACGCCCGACCUGAACGGGUUGAAAGUGGCGUAUAGGGCGUACCUGAAUGAGAAAAAGCGCUUGUUCAACAACGAAACGCCUCGCUGGCCAGGGCUUACGGAAUACACCGCCGAACAGACAUUCUUCCUUUUUGAUGCCCAGAAAUUUUGCGGUCGCCUCACCUGGCCGCCCACCCCGGAUGACAGUCUUUUCGACGACCCUCACCCACGACCCCCCUACCGCGCCAAUUUCCUCUACCAAAACUUUGAGCCUUUCGCGAGCGCUUUUCGCUGCCCGAUCGGCACCCCGAUGAACCCGCCGAAGAAGUGCCGCAUCCUGCGCCACAAGAAACUGCUC